AUGUACGAAAGCAAGGAGGAAAACAAGAGCAUGAAACGAGGGGCGGCUGCUGCAGCACUCGACUCCGUGCUGGGCGCGGUCACUGCUUGUGCGGAGAAGAAGGGGAAGAUAACAGAAUUCUUCGGCGACGAGGCAACGUGCGCCAAGGAGGACGCGGAUAACGCGCUUUGCCUAAUGAUCUCGGCGCUGAAGCUUCCAGAGCGCAUCGUGGAUGAUCCGGUCUUCCGCUACGCGGUCCAGUGCUUUGCGCGCGCGGGACCGGGGUAUGUUCCCCCCAAGAGGGGCUACGUUGGAGGGGCGGGCUUGAAGAAAGUGCGGCAGAAAAUGGAGGCAGCGCUCGCCCCCGUUGCCGCGAGCUGGAAGCGGGACGGUGUCACCGUGUCGUCGGACAUGAUGACCGACCGUUGUGGCCGCCCGCAGGCCAACAUACUCCUUGUCAACGACUCCGACGCAGUUUUCGAGCAGGCCGUGGACUGCAACAUGGAGUCGAAGACGGGGGGGUACAUCGCCAGCCUUCUCCGCCCCGUCAUUGAUAAGGUGGGGCCGGAGAAUGUGGUGGCGGUCUGCACCGAUGGCGGCAGCAACUAUGCAUCGGCAGCGCGGAAGAUUGCGGGCACAUGGCCGCACAUUGAGCAUGUGCCAUGUGCCACGCAUGUCCACACCGCCCGCCGCAACCGCCUCGGGUCCGCCAAGUGUGCGGACCUGGUUUACAUUGCGCACAACUGGAACGUUGUGCGCAAUUGGUACAACAAGGAUGGGGCCAGCACGGUUGUGCCCGGGAACAUCCCGGAUGCCCCUAUCCCCCGCGGCUACAACAUGGACGAGGAGGAGGAGGAUGACCUGCUGGGGGGGGAAGGAGAUGAUGCAGUGCUGGCGGAUGAUGUCAAGGGAAGGAUACAGCAGAGGUAUCUGAAAAGCAGACUGGCAGCACCAGUUGCAGCAGCAGCGGUCCCAGCGGUCACAGAGGGUGGGGGCUAG